AAAUCAUUCAAUCAUUAAAGAAGAUCACAUGAACACCGCUUCCAAUGCACCUAUCUUAGCAAGAACAAGAAGUAAUAUCAACCACUCCAUUUCUCUCAAUCGUCACUCACUUCCGCUUUGCUGAUUUCACACUUUCAAUUCUUUCCGCCAGAUGAAUUGUCUUCGUUAUCUUCCCGCAUCCCCUGCACUACCAGUUCACACCAGUUUCAAAGACUCCAAGAAAAGGUCACUAUGUAAUCCCAAACUACAGCCAUUUCCUCUCUCGAAGAUUCGAACGAGUACUAUGGAUUUCCAUCAAACCGUUCGCACCAAGGCAUUGUCGAGUUCUACAUCCAGUAAAGAUGUAGAUGAAAAUGAUGUAGAGGAGGAAAAAUCUGAUGUAUACAGUAAUAACAUGACUGAAGCUAUGGGAGCUGUCUUGACCUAUAGGCAUGAGCUGGGCAUGAAUUACAACUUUAUACGACCAGACCUUAUAGUAGGUUCAUGCUUACAGACACCUGAAGAUGUUGAUAAGCUUCGGAGUAUUGGAGUGAAAACUAUCUUUUGCUUGCAACAAGAUUCAGAUCUUGAAUAUUUUAGUGUUGACAUUGGUGCUAUACGUGAAUAUGCUAAAUCAUGUGAUGACAUUGAACACUUGCGUGCUGAAAUAAGGGACUUUGAUGGUUUUGAUCUGCGUAUGCGGCUUCCAGCUGUGGUUAGUAAGUUACAUAAAGCCAUCAACCGAAAUGGAGGUAUAGCUUACAUACAUUGCACAGCUGGUCUAGGAAGAGCUCCUGCAGUUGCGCUGGCUUACAUGUUCUGGAUCCAAGGAUAUAAGCUGAGUGAGGCACACAGCUUGCUGCUGAGCAAGCGAUCAUGCUUCCCAAAGUUGGAUUCUAUUAAAAGUGCCACUGCUGACAUUCUUACAGGGCUAAAAAAACAAGUUGUCACUUUAACAUGGCAAGGUAAAGGUUGUUCAACAGUGGAAAUUGCUGGACUUGAUAUCGGCUGGGGUCAGAGAAUUCCUUUGAGAUUUGAUGAGAAACAGAAAUCAUGGGUUCUUAAGAGAGAGUUAGCGGAAGGGAGGUAUGAAUACAAGUACAUCAUUGAUGGUGAAUGGGUGUGCAACUUAUCUGAACUUGUAACAAAUGCGGACAAAGAUGGCAAUGUCAACAACUAUCUCCAAGUAUCUGUUAGUGAGCCAAACAGCACUUCUGCAUUGCUUCGUAAAAGAUUGUCGAGCGAUGAUGAUGUGGAUCUAACCGAGGAUGAACGCCUUCAGAUAAGGCAGGCUCUCGAUGCUUUUCCGAAUGACGAGUAAAUAAGAAACAGGUUUUUCGGCACCAGAAACUUAACUACUAGUGAAUCCAUCCACUUUCCCUAUCAUGCAAAAAAACAUGAGAAAUAAAAUGUAAAAAGUGUUUAGAUGAUAAAUAAAGAUGAAUAAAUUUUGUAAGUGUACAAGGAAUAAAAUAAAUAUGCCACAUGCAGUUCAACCUGUAUACCUAAUAAAACUUCAUUAGCAUCA